AUGCCUGGUGACCUUGCGGCGACCACACUCCCCCACCCUUCCCUCCCCAGCAGAGUUAAUCCACCAGGGGUUCACAUUACAAAGCAGGCCGGUCCAGGCCCCACUGGCUCCACCACAGACCCAGACCCACGCCUGCUCUCCCCUGCUUCUCUCCAGGGUCCAGGCCUCUGGACCAGGCCUGUUCCCAUACUCCAGUCCCAGGCCACAGGGCCCCCCCACCACCACUACCUUCCCACUGGUCUGUUGACAACAAACACACCCCUGAAUACCCAAACAGAGGCAACACUGAGCAUGCUUCUGUCUUCACCACCCAGGUACAGAGUGAGGGGAUGCCAACAUGCUGGGGUUUCCACACACUUCAAAACAGGGCCCUACUCUCCAUACCAAGGGGUAUCGCAUCAGCAUAUUCCUCCCUCUCCUCCCUACCUCCUUUUUCUCCCUCCCUCUCUUGCUCUCUACAUCUCUCUCUCUCCCUCCUUUUAUCUCUAUGUUGCCUCUGUUUCUUGCUGUCUCUGUGCUUUAGCUGUUGUUGUCAUUACACUCUUAAACCUACGCUCCCCCUCUUCCAAGAGCAGCACUUUGUUUUGGUUAGAAGUGCCUCUUAUUGGAGGGGAAAACGCAAAGGUUGAACGCUAUUCUUAGACAGGCGUGUUGUUAUAGUUAACUGGGCUCUAAAUUAUUUAAUAACUUCUUUAAGGGGUUUUAAAUCAAAUAUGUUCACAGUAGGGCGUCCCCUGAGAAAACGCCUCUAUUCAGGUUGUCACUACAUUCAGUGGGGGAAUUGACUGUUCUGCCUGUAAAAGUAUUAGUGCUGCUAACAUCAAUAAGGCUGCUAGCUUCACAUCCUCCAGGAUGACAGUGUCUGGAUGGUUGGAGAUCACUUUCCAACCUGAGAACUGACCAUGAUUCUAUUGGCAUUGUAACGGAUUCUCAAUCGCCUAAAAUGUUUUGCUCCUAGAAACAACAUUUCGGAAGUAGCUUUGGACUUUUGGGGCAUGUAUAAUCCUAAAUGUAGUUAGUAUGUUAUUUGACUUCAUUUUUAUACCACAAAAUGAGCUCACUUUACACAAAGUAUAAAUUCAUUUAUUGUUUUAUGUCAAAGUCACGGUAAUGGAAUAUAGUAGUAAAAAAUUGUUAUACUUUUCCAUUCAAACGAGUGCUUGUUUCUAACCCUAUCUCUCUCUCAUCUCAGGGCUUCAAGGCAUGCCAGGGGAGUACGUACCUCAGAGUGGUCCUAUGGGCAUGAGCAUGGCCCCGCAAAGUUACACCCCUCCUCAUCAGAUGACACCCCUCCUCACCCCACCCAGCUUCGACACGGACCCCCCCUCCACCCCUACCUGCCCGGCCCCCACCACCCUCAUCACCCCCACCAUCCCCACCACCCAGUCAUGCUGAUGCACGGAAGACCCUCCUCUCACCCAGGAAUCACCAUGUCUGCACAUAGCCCCCCCCCCCCCCCCCCCCCCCCCCCAUUGAGCCCCAUUGACCCCAGCGCUGGAGGACAAGGCCUGGACAUCCACGCCCAAUCGUAUAAGGGAACUUUACUACCACAACGA